AGUGACCAGCAGCUGGAUUGUGCCUUGGAUUUGAUGAGGCGUCUGCCUCCACAGCAGAUAGAGAAGAAUCUCAGUGACCUCAUUGACCUGGUCCCAAGCCUCUGUGAAGAUCUCCUCUCCUCUGUCGAUCAGCCGUUGAAGAUUGCACGAGACAAGGUGGUAGGAAAAGAUUAUCUAUUGUGUGACUACAACAGAGAUGGAGACUCAUACAGGUCACCAUGGAGUAACAAGUACGAUCCUCCCCUGGAAGACGGUGCCAUGCCAUCUGCUCGCCUGCGCAAGCUGGAGGUGGAAGCCAACAAUGCCUUUGACCAGUACAGAGACUUGUAUUUUGAAGGUGGAGUCUCCUCUGUCUACCUCUGGGAUCUGGAUCAUGGUUUUGCCGGGGUGAUCCUCAUUAAGAAAGCUGGAGAUGGAUCAAAGAAGAUUAAGGGAUGCUGGGAUUCCAUCCACGUGGUGGAGGUUCAGAAGUCCAGCGGUCGCACUGCUCAUUACAAGUUGACCUCCACAGUGAUGCUGUGGCUGCAGACUAAUAAAACUGGUUCUGGUACCAUGAACCUUGGAGGGAGCCUUACCAGACAGAUGGAGAAGGAUGAGACUGUGAGUGACUCCUCUCCACACAUAGCCAAUAUCGGGCGCUUGGUAGAGGACAUGGAAAACAAAAUCAGGAGUACACUGAACGAGAUUUAUUUUGGAAAGACAAAGGACAUCGUUAAUGGGCUGAGGUCUGUGCAGACUUUUGCAGACAAAUCAAAACAAGAAGCUCUUAAAAACGACCUGGUGGAGGCUUUGAAGAGAAAGCAGCAAAGUUAAGAUACUCUCCAUGCUAACAAGACCUGCCAUGCACUCGUUAGAUUCCUUUGGUAGAGAACUCAUCCCCCCCUUGCCCUUUUCUGUUCCAUCACGUCACGAUUUGCAUUCAAUAUCUCCAUGCAGCACCAUCUUCUCCCCAUGAAUAAAGCUGUACAAACUUUUUCAGUCUCUGAGGCCUACUUUGCACCACAUUUUACUAUCAAGACCUUAGGCUCUGUUCCUGUAGAAGUCCAUGUAUUAUUUUUAUCUGCCCUUCCCACCCUUUUCCACCUUCCCCCAUUUAUAUGCAUCACCACGGAUCAUUGUUUGUCUUCUCCUUUCCCCCUUCACCCCCCCUCUCCUCCUGCCUUUUGUUACAUUGGUGUAAAAAAUGUAAAACAAAACUUUAUUAAAUACUGUGGUGUGUGAAAGAGGAAGAACUGGAAAAAAAAAACCAAAAAAAAAAAAAAAAAAAAAGGAAAAUAAUCUAUUCCAUGUAUGUUUGGGGGCUUGGGCACAGGGAUUGGCUGAAGGGAGGGAGGGAAGAGAGGGUGUUCCUUGGGGUUGUACAAUAGUGAUUCACCCAGAUGUGCAGGAGAUGGUGAUUUGGAGACCUGCUGAAAGUUCUGCUCUUCUAUAGCCUGGUUCCAAGGCGCUUUUCUGUCAAUUUUUAUGGAAUGCAAAAGGGGUUUUUUUGUUUCGAUUUUUGGUUUUUUUUGUAAAGCUUAAAUUGAAUCUACAUCUGAGACUUGAGCCUCCAUACUAAAAAAAAAAAAUGGAAAAAAAAAAAAGAAAAAAAAAGACUAAAACAAUAAAAAGAAAAAAAAAUCCCAGGAAGAA